CGUGUGUGUGUGUGUGUGUGUGUGUGUGUGUGCGCUCAGGGGGGUGUUCUGUGAGUACUUGGUACGCAGUCAUUUACAGAUUAGCAAGGCCCACGGCUUCACAAUGCUGCUUUGUUGCUGAACCAGAUUAACAUACCAAGUGACCGGAGGUGUGGGCAGCCAUCGUUCUUUUCCCCUUUUCCUCCGUCUCUCUCUUCCUCGCUCCCUCACUUCCUGAAGGCUCAGGAACAUACACUCCAGCACAGAACACAGUGAGUACACCCUAUUUGUCAGUUACAUUUUCAUCAGCAAAGCCAUAGAAAAGGGUCUUCAUGGCUGGUAACUACAGUAGUGCUUAACUUCAGGAGCGGAUUAAUGGCUGUGUUCUAAGCGCUUGUAUAAGUUGCUUUAUGAUUAUAACCGACGCACUCUGUCUGCUCCCUUCCCCCCGUUUUCGCUCUCUUUUCUAAUGACCUGAUGUUGUUUCUGUGUCUGUCUAUGUCAGAGCCUCUGGGCCUUGUGUGUCAGUGAUAAAAUCUUUCAGUCUGACUCCUCGCUGUGUGUUAACGAGCACGCGUGCCUAACUGCCAACAUGUGAGAGCCCGCGUGCCUGACGUGUCAUUCGUCAGUCAGCGUGUCAGUCGGUUAGGCUGUUCGCCUCCGCGCCGUCCUCACACCAGCACCGGAAAGGGGUGCCGCAGGAGGUCAGCCGGGCCACCGGGGGGCAGUGAUGACGGUGACCUACUCGCGUAGGGUGGCCGACGCCGGCCUUGGCAGCUUCUUCCACCUGCUGCUGCGCUGGAGGGGAAGCAUCUACAAGCUGCUGUACAGGGAGCUGCUCAUCUUUACUGCGCUCUAUUGCGCCCUCAGUGUCAUUUACAGGUUCCUACUGAAUGAAGACCAGAAGAGGCUGUUUGAGAAGUUGGCCAUUUACUGCAACCGUUAUGCUGAGCUGAUCCCUGUGUCCUUCAUCCUGGGUUUCUAUGUGACGCUGGUGGUGUCCCGCUGGUGGGGCCAGUUUGAGAGCGUGCCCUGGCCCGACAGGCUGGGCUCGCUGGUGGCGGCACACGUUCGCGGAGGCGACGAGGCGACGCGGCUGAUCCGCAGGACGCUGAUGCGCUACGUCAACCUCUCCGGCGUGCUGAUCUACCGCUCCAUCAGCACCGCCGUCUACAAGCGCUUCCCCACCAUGGAGCACCUAGUGCGGGCAGGUCUGAUGACUGCAGAAGAGCUGAAGCAGUUAGAGGCCCUCCCGUCCGCUCACAGCAAGUUCUGGGUUCCCUGCAUGUGGUUCGUCAACCUGACCAUGAGAGCCCGAACCGAGGGCCGCAUCAAUAACGAUGUGGCCCUCACCGCCAUCCUCAAUGAGCUGAACUCCUUGCGUUCCCAGUGCAUGAAGCUCUACAGUUAUGACUGGAUUAGUCUCCCUCUGGUUUAUACCCAGGUGGCAACGGUGGCUGUCUACACUUUCUUUCUCGCCUGUCUGAUUGGUCGACAGUUUCUUGACCCCGCCCAGGGCUACCCUGGACAUGAUCUUGACUUCUACCUGCCAAUCUUCACCCUCCUCCAGUUCUUCUUCUACUUUGGCUGGCUAAAGGUGGCUGAGCAGCUCAUUAACCCCUUUGGAGAAGAUGACGACGACUUUGAGACCAACUGGCUGGUCGAUCGCAACCUUCAGGUGUCCCUGCUGACGGUGGAUGAGAUGUACGACAGCGUGCCGCUUGUGGAGAGGGAUCAGUACUGGAACGAGUCGGAGCCCCAGCCCCCCUACACCGCAGCCAGCGCCGACCACCGCAAGCCUUCCUUCAUGGGCUCUGCUCUGGACAUCAGUGUGCCCAAGGAAGAGAUGGAGUUCCAGUCCAAUCUGGAGCAGAUUAAGGAGCACGAAGAGGCCAAUCACUCAACGCCCCUCCUGGGGGGUCUGAGCCGCUUCCUGGGGGUCCAGCCCCCCAGUUUCCCGCGCGGCUCGGCCUCGUCGCGGGUCUCCCUCCUCCGCAGGCGGCCCGGCGCCCCGCUCGGCCGCUUCCCGCUCUACCUGCACCCGGAAGGUUCUCCGGCCCCGGGGCAGCCCUGCCACCCGCCGGAGCGGGAGCUGGAGCUGGCCUUCUCCUCGCUGCCCGCGUACGAGCGGCCGGGCUUCUACAGCUGCCCGCAGACGCCCAUCCACUGCGCGCCCGCCGCCCCGCCCCGCCCCCGGCCCCCGCGCUGGCCCCAGGACUGGGACCGCAGCUCCUGCUCCCUGGCCCCGCCGGCGCCGCCCCCGGACACGCCCGGCCGCCCGCCCCCCACCUCCGCCUUCCCCUGGCUCGGCUCGGAGGGAGAGCCGCACCCCGGCCACACCUUCUGCUUCCCCGACCCCGCCCCCGAGCCGUGCCCCCUGCCCAAACUCCGCCCCUCCCAGGGCCCGCCCACCCGCCGGCCCCCGCCGCCCCGCCUCUCCCUGGACAUCCCGUCCUCCGGCGACAGCCAGGCCGGCCCCCUCAGCGCCCGGGGCCCGGGGGGAGGGGUGGAGAAGGUGUUUUCCUUCACUCCUCCCUCCCGAAACCCCGCCCCCAGCGCCAGCGCCAGCUCCGGCAGCAUCAACGCUCCCGGCAGCAGCAGCAACAGCGUCGCCGGCGGCCUCUGCAACGGGGGCAGCCACGGCAGCUUCUGCAACCACGGAAACUUCUCCCCCGCCGCCGCCGCCGCCGCCAACCGGGCCAGCGUGGUGGGCGGGCCCGCCGGCAUUAGCCCCGCCCCCUCCUCCGCGGUCUCUCCCCCGGCAGCCACUCAGCAGCCCUCGCCCAAUGAUUCAGGGAUCUCCCUGGUGGAGGGAGACCUGCUGGGCCCUCUGAUGCAGGAAGGGGGCAAAGGUCGGGCCCCAGGGGGGAAGGACGCAGACUGAGGGGGAGGGGCUUGUCCUCGGCUAUCUUCGGCACGCAAACCAAGGAGGAUCCAACCGCUACCACAACUGCGUCAAAUGUGAAAAUCAGACAUUCAGUCAGGGUAGCCAUCCUUGGUCCUGGAGAGCCACAGGGCCUGCUGGACUUACUAUUACACAGGUAAUAAAUACCUCACCUCAUUUACUAAGUUCUGAAUUUGAUUGCUGAUUUUAAGGUGAAACCAAACCCUGCAGACCCUAUGGUUCCCAAGGACCAGGGUUAGGGAGCCUCGCCUUAGAUUCUGGUAAAAUUUCCUGCACACUCCUGAGAAUUGUCAGCUAGCAUUAAAGGUACUUCAAAUUAAGUAUUUGUUCCCAGUUCAGACCAUGGCUAUGCCCAUUUAUACCAGCCACUCAUAGAACAAAUGGUCCAGUCCUUCCAGGUGAUAGACGCAGGAGUAGUAGAGUUCUGUAACAAGCUCAGAAAUGAUGUAUCCAUGGUUACUCGGUGCCUGCAGUCUGCUGGUUCUAAAGAGGCAGCCAAGGCCAGUUUUAAGCAGCUAUUUCAGGCGCAGAUCAUGUGACAGGCACAGAAUGGAGAAACAUUCCGUUGUUUUACAGCCUGACCAAUAGUGGUGCAAAGUGCAGGCUUGGAGGUCUGCGCAGAAUUAAAGGUGUUGUUUAAUUAACGGUUCUCCUGUGAAGUCUGUCGCGUGGACAAAAUGGCCACUUGCCUGUUUUUCUCAUUUCCAUUUCCAGUGGUGGAGCUGGAGCGUAACACUAAUUUGGGUUUACAUCUGAUCUCUGACGAUAAUCACCAUAUGUAGAAACUGUACACCGUUCCUCAAAGCACUGCUGAAAAGUAUCAAAGAUUCGGUGCAAGCAAAAUUGUAAUUUUUGAUGUUAUAACAUAUAUACAUAAUUAACUACAGAAAUAAACCCGUUACAUCACUGCA